AAAAAUUGAAUUUUUGUUUGCUGAGCCCUUGGACGUAAGCAAUUUGUGUAAUUUAUUUUUAUAAUAAAUUUAACUUGUUCCAAAUUAACAUCGGCUUUUUAAUAUUGCAAAAUUUAAAACACUCUAAAUACUAUCUAAAAAAAACCAUGUCGGAUAAAUUUAACGGUUUUAGUCCAGAAGAUAUCAGCAAAAUUACAUCAAACACAGCAAAAACAAUGAAAUCCGCUACAAUCAGAAAUCAUGGAAUCCGAAGAAUGCCUGAUAAAAAGGAUCUUGCACGAUCGCAGGAAAAUUUAAAAAUAAAAAAGCCGGAUCGAAAAAUAAACAUAAAAGGUCAAAUGCCAACCCAACCACCAACAUUACAACAGCAAGAGGAAUCAAUAAUGGAUGAAAUAAAUUUGAAUAAAAGCAUGUCCAAAUCCAUUGAAGGUGCAUUGUUCUAUCAACCAAUUCCAAAUACUCUACAACAAAAUCAAAAUGAGCAAUUAGAUGUCUCGUCAUCAUCUGAUAGCCCAGUUGAAAACAAUUCAUUGAAUAAUUCCUCAAUAUUACCAGAACCAUCUGAAAAUAUUGAAUCGUCUCCAUUCAAGGGAAUAUCACUCAAAGAUUUUGAAGUUCAUCGCAAAAUAAUUGAAGAACAAAACAAACAGAAGAAGGAUUUGCUUCAUAAAGCUAUCGAAGCACAUUCACAAAAAACUGCUGCCGAAGCAAAGAAAAUCGAAGAAAUCAAAAUCGAGCUAUCAAAGUUGGACAAUGAACUUGCUACCGACGUGGCUCUCUUAAGGAAACAAAUUGAUUCCGCUUGCAUUCAGUAUGCGAAUAUUGAAAAACAAUACAACAAAGUUGAGGCCCAGUUCUUAAAAGCUAAAAUAGAAUUGCACAAUGCUUCUGAGAAGAAAGAACUACUCACCGAACAUUUGUGCACUGUAAUUGCGCACAAUGAAGACAGAAAGGCACAAAAAUUAUCAGAGUUAAUGCACAAAGUGGGAUUAACUCCAUCUGGAGAGUUGGCUGAAACUUCAAAUGGAUUUCACAACACUGAUUCUCCAUCUAUUUAGGAGUAUGUUUAAUCGGCCUAACUGCGGGCCAGUUUCUUAUUUUUAAUUUUAAGUCGAUAUUACAAAAACUUUAAAGUUCGUGACAAAUCUUAGCCAAUUAAAUUGUUAGUUGUUAAAUUUACUGUUAAAAAAUGCAAAGCAAUAUACAAUCUACAUAUUUUUUAAUGCCGCCAAUAAUUUGGUUCUAUUUAUAUAAUGCUUUUUACGUAUUAUGUUUAACGAAUAUUUUUUUAUAUACUCUACAAUGUAUUUUAUGAAUAAAGAAAUUUAUUAUAAUAAAAACAAAAACUCACCGAAU